UGAGUGAGAGUAGUGAGGUCGAUUUCAACUCUAUAAAUAUACCCAUUUGUUCUGUAUAUUUUUCAGACCAAACCUUCACGGAAGAAUCUCAUAUUUAUCUCACCAAUUAGCAAAUAGCAAUGUUUACAUCUAAUUACGGCAAUUCCACCAUAACUUUCAAUCCCAUCACCUCCAAAUACUCGAUCAACUUUGCCGGGAAAACCAUAGAAACAACCGUCACAGACAAAGCUAGCAUCGUAGAUGAAUGGGUUCGGGAAAUGCUUUCAAUAUGUGGCGGAAAAGCCGUUGUUGUGGGCUUAGACAUUGAAUGGAGGCCGCAUCCGAUACGUUCGAUGAGCAACAAGUCGGCGACGCUUCAACUUUGCAUAGACCAAAAGUGCCUGAUCAUUCAACUAUUCUACCUGGACUACAACCCACAAUCCAUAAAGAGCUUUCUGAUGGACUCGAACUUCACUUUUGUGGGGAUUGAGGUAGCGGAUGACAUAGCAAAGCUCCAAAACGAGUAUGGACUUGGGUGUAGCAAAAGCGCGGAUAUCAGGGAGCUGGCAAAGAGAAAAUGGCCAGGACGGUUUAGAAGGCCUGGGCUGAAGGACCUGGCUUUGGAAGUUGUGGGUCUUUAUAUGAGGAAGCCCAAGCAUGUGUGCAUGAGUAACUGGGAGGCACGGCUGCUCACCGAAAGUCAAGUUGAGUACGCAUGCAUCGAUGCCUAUGCCUCUUAUAGGAUUGGCCACAAGCUUCUCCAUGAGAUCUGACCUUCCUUUCCGCCUUCCGACCGACCUUUAUAUCAUACAUGCUUUAAUUUGUCGUUACACAGUCGGUUUUUAUAUGUCUCUGGUUGUUCACUUGCGCUUUAAAAAUUAUAAUGUGUUUUCUUAAAGGAGGUCCUACUACUACUCACGGCCUUGCAAGGCGAAAACUUGGGGAAACCUCGAUCUGUUUAAUUUGUAUUUAUUAUGUGUGUGUGUGUGUUGGGGUGUUUUCCUUCCUAUUUACUUGAUAAGAUGUUGUGUUGGACGUGCUU